UAGCGUGGGACGGGGCCAAGACGGGGCCGCCGCCCACAACGCUUCCGUACCUCGUCGAGUGCGACCGACCCUCCACAUCUAGCCAUGGCCAACCUGCAGGUCCUGUGCCGGCCCUCGGGCCUUCUGAAGCUGGUGCAAAUCGCCAUCUGCCUCACGUGCCUGGGGCUGAUCCGCCAGUACGGUCUCCAGUUCGGCACCGGCGGCUGGGUGGUCGAGGGCAACCUCAUCGACCGCAACCUGGUCGGCGUGAUCGCCUGCGGCGGCAUGGUGCUCGUCACCGCCCCGCUGCUCAUCGCGCUCGUCGCCGGAGAGAUCGCCAUCGAAAAGUCGUUCCUGGAGACUCUGUACAACAUUGUCGGCUUCAUCAUGAUGAUCUCGGCUGGCGCCAUGGCCGUGGAGACCUACCACGAUGCCGGCAAGGGAGACACGCGCGAUGCCGGCCUGGCCAUGGGCUCGCUGGCAAUCAUCAACGCUAUCAUCUACCUGGUGGACGCCUUCGUCGCUUUCCGUCUGAAGCGUGCCUAAAUGCGCUAAUCGAGCCCAGAGGUCGGAGUGAUGGGAGGCUUCUCGGUGAAUGUGGCGCCACCUGUACUACGCUUGGGGCGACACCUGCGUUGGCGAUGACAUCUAUUAUAACACUGGACAGUGGACAUUCAGAGUCCGAUAUCUGAGGCAGCCGCGGAGAUACAUACUGUUAACGCCAGACCCCUUGAGACCAGACAUGUGCAUGGAUCCGAGAGCUGGAUCUAUGAUCUCAGUGGAUCUCUCGACAAAAUAGAGGGGUUGGAUCUAUGAUCCGAGUGGAUCUCUCGACAAAAUUCAGGGGUUGGAUCUAUGAUCCGAAUGGAUCUCUCGACAAAAUUUAGGGGUCGGAUCUAUGAUCUCUGUGGAUCCAGCGGGCAAAAUUUGUGGAGGACCUAUGAUCUGUAUGGAUCUCACGACAACAUGUAGCCAAUGAAACCCUUAUCCUACAUAAUUGUACACCUUACAGUGCAAUACAAUUGAGAAUUGUCACUUGUGGACAUGGUUAAGACCAGUUGUAAUCAUUAGGUAUCAUCAUUAAAUUUGAAUUUAAAUCAACAACAUUUGUACAUUUAAAAUAAACCAAGAACAUGCACA